AUGUCGUCUGUUUAUUCUCGAAAUCGACUGGCUGGAAGAUUGGAUUCGCGCCCAAAACCACUGGUGCCGUCCCAAUCUCGCAAACAGACCGACGACUCGAUUAAAAAACAGAACAAUUACGCCAAAAUCUUGUCCAAAGUGGUCCACUCCAGACUCAAGUUCUUUUCAAGAUUGGCGCUGUUGCUCACGCUGAUACAAACAAUCUUUGUGGUGCUUCCCUUCAGAACAAGCUGGAUCUGGUUCCCUUUCAAAUGGAUUUUGUUCUGGGCUAUUGCCACGCUGAUCCGGUUCGCUAGAGAUCUCACCUUGAAAGUUGAAACUUCCACCUAUUCCACUUUGUUUCAACAGAUCAUCGGUUCGGUGCUGUCCCCAGAGUUUGUGACCUUGUUUUCAGCAUUCUCCAUAGCAAAUAUCGUCAAUUACGGAACCGUUUGGGCCCAAUCGGCCUCGCUCUCCUACUACAUCGAAAGCCCCACCAAAACAAUCAAGCCUUUUGUCAACGACAAAUUCCUCUAUUUCUGGUUCUUUGCCCUCACAAACACCCUGACCUAUACGAUUGUGUUUUUAACCCAGGGCAAGAACCAGCUCAAGUUCAAGAUCGGAUCGUACAGACAAGAGCCUAUUGAGCACCUGAAAAAACUACCAUUUCUGCAGAUUCUCAAACAGUCCUCUCUGUUCAGCAUUUCCAUCACUGUGGUCACGCCAAUAGUGUACGGAACUGUCAGAAAGUUCCUGUUCAAUUCGAUUCUGUUCCCCUUGGUUUGGGGAUUAGGUCUAAACCACCAUCUACCAAGAAUGGCCAUCUCCAUUUCUCUCUACUUCCAGCUCUUUGCACUCACCUUGCUCACGACCGUCAUUUACGAGCUUGUGAACGAGAUAUACAAUGCAUACACCAUGAUCGGUUGUCUGAACGUUAAGAAACCACUGAGUGCGCAUUCCGACAACCAGCUCGAGACCCUGAUCUCCGGUUUCAAAGAUAUCAAGCAUCCGUUUGUGAGACUCACAGCUUUCCAGGAACUCGUUUACUUCUCACAGACAGCAGAGGAACGCAAAUUCUUCUACAAGACGCCUACCACAUGGACCUCCAUUUUGGAACAGUGCUCUAUCGUGAUCCGUGGAACAUCUAUGGCGGUCACUGCCGACCUGAGUCCAGCCAAGGUGUCUCCUCCACCGGUCCAGAAAAACAGCAUAUUUGGCAAUUCUGGAACUGGACGGUCUCCUAUCGAAGAGGAGAAGCAGGAGACAAACACAGACGCCUUGUUCUUGCCUGUGGAAAAGCCCCAGCCUAAACAAAAGACACUUGCAGAGCAAUUCCAAGACCAUCUGCUCCAGCUCGGCAAGAAAGUCAAAAAAACAGACCUGUUGAUCAAAUUGGAGAAAGAGUCGCGCAACAAAAACACCCAGCUGGUGUUGGAUUACAUCACGUCAAACCUCUCGUUCUUGGAAACGCUGUUCGUUCCAAGUCUAUCCAGAGAAGCUGCGAAAAGAGUGCCAAACAAGGUGAUUGUUGGCGAUGCUGUGAUCACGAUAGCAGAGGUGCUACUUCACGCCAAGCACGAGGAUCGCAAGAACAUCAUCACGCCAACGCUCACGGAAGUUCUCACUUUGCUGACGCGGCUGUACAAGGCCACUGCGGAGUUUUUGUCGGACCCACCUGCCAAAGACACUGGAAACUGCUGUGUUCGCGAACUUAACGAACUCACGUUGGACUACUUCUUCAAACUGGUUGUUCUGUAUAACUCGAUUCUCAACGACCUGAUCUUGAGCCCAGACGUGUUCAAGUUCGCCAAAUGGUGCACCGACACAGCGUUGGAUGAAAGAAUGGAACUGAGCCUCAAUGUCGAACUCGUCGUCACUGACAUCCUCCUCCACACAUCCAGUUUUGAUAUUGAGCAUCUCGAGCAUUCCAGCAGUGGUUCCUCCGAAAAGAAUCACCGUCAGCACCACAACAACCAAGACGGUGGCCAAAAGCGCCGACUUGGACUCACCUUGGAGACCCAUGGCAAGAGCAACUCCCACAGCUCCACGAAGACCGGCCCAGAACUGCAUCAUUUGGUAGUUGUACGGAAUCUCAUCCUGAAUAGAGGCAGGAGAAACACCUCUUCUGGCGCCCCUGGAACGAGCAAACCAGUUGAUCGCACGUCCAAGAGGGAACACCGCGGCCCAACGCGAAACACAGAUCGAGAUGAACGUCACUAUGAUCAACACGGGUUUGAAAACCAGCUCAACCUCAGUGAAAAGAGACAGUCCCAAUGUUUAAGAACUAAGGCAACCAGAAUUCCGACAAUAAGUCCGAUGAUCGUACUGAUAGUGAAGGUCAUCAAGAACAUUCCAAUACCUUCAAAGAAACUCGAGAAUUGGGCACUUGUUCCAUGGAAUUUCUCACAUGUUUCAAACAUGACAAUACAGAUGGCAUCGUUCAACAAAGACUCUCCGAAAAUAAUGGUGUAUAAUUUAGGGUCCACUUUGUAG